AUGGCGGCGCGGUGCGCGGCGUUGGCGCUGGCGUGGUGCGCCUGCGCCGCCGCGCCAGCCGCGCCACUCACGGCCUCUGCGACAGCCGCGUCUUCCGCGCCGCCCGGCACGCAGCCUCCGCCCUUGCGCACCUGCGACACCUUGCUGCUGCGCAACCCGCCGCCCAUGCCCCCGCAUGUGCGCGAGCACGAGGCGGCUGUUGCGCAGACGGCUCGUGCGCUGGCCGAGCUGGUGGAGGCGGGCGCGGCGGACGAGGCGCGCGCAGCGGCGUUGGCCCGCGCGGCUGCACGAGCUCCGCUGCUACCACCGCCCGCCGCCGUCGCGCUUGGUGCGCCGCAGCUGCACCUUGGUGUGCUCUACCGCGCAGACCCGCCGCCGCCACGCCUCUUCAUCUUCCAGCAGAACAAUUCCAUCGCGUUGCAACUCUUCUGGAGAAGCCUCGCCUCGGCAUGGAACGCGAGCGCCGUGAUCUGGUCCAACGCGUGGUUCUCAUGCGAGGAGGACGGUGGCAGCUGGUGGAGUGGCGCGGCGGCAGCGCGAGGCGUGGGCGGGGCGCGGGCGGCGGCCGCGAUCUUUCGCCGCCUGGACGCCGUGCCAUGCGAAGAGACCAUGUACGAGUGGCUCGGCGGGCCGCCGCCCUGCGAUCCUGCCACCACGGAGUGCCGAGCCGUGCCAGUUUUUGGUUCGUCGGAGCGACGUUUAGAGUAUGAGUGCGAAUGCCGCGCGGGUUAUUGGCGCGCGGGUCGCUGGCGAGUGCGCGGCGCAGCGUUGGGCGCGAGGCUCAGCUGCGUGUCGUGCGCGCUGGCGCCCGCGGAAUGCGAGUCACAAGCACACCGCGAGGCCUUGAUGCCCGCCAAUUUCGCCGGCAUACUGCUUUGCUUCGUUAUAGGAAUAAUAAUUUUUAAAAAGCGAAAAUGUAAAGCGGUUGCGAUGUGGACAGUACUGGAGGUGGUUAUCUUCGGGGCCAUGCUGAUGUACGCUUCUGCGGCAUCGCAGUUCAUAGCGCAAGCGAGAUUGCGUUGCAUCGUAGGCGCGUGGUUACGCGAGCUCGGCUUCGUAGCGUGCUACGGGUCUGUAGUGCUACGUCUGUGGGUGCUGCUCGCAGAAUUUCGUACCAGGAAGGCGCAUCGUUGGACUCCAAAAGAUGGCGAGGUGCUACGCGUGGUGGGUGCGAUGUUGGCGGGGUGCGCGUGUUACCUGGCCGCGUUCACGGCGACGACGGCGUGCGCUGGGGACGAGCUGGACGCGGUGGGCUGCGUGCGCGCCGCCUGGCAUCACGUCACCGGUGCCGCGGAGCUGCUUCUUCUUAUCGCCGGCAUGCGCACCGCACACGCUGCGAGGAACGCUAAUGUUCCCUUCCAGGAGCGCACUUGGCUGGCGGUGGCGCUGUGGGUGGAGAUCGCAUGCGGCGCGACGUGGCGGCUGGUGGCAAUGGUGGGCCACGCACCGGAGACAUCUGCGCUGGCCGCCACAGUGCGCGCGCAUCUCUCCGCCGGCACUGCGCUCGCCUGUGUCCUCGCGCCCCGGCUCUGGCACGGCUACCGCACUAGGUCAUUGGCGCAAGAGGUGUCGCGGCGCGGACCGGCGGAGGGUUUCGGCGCUGAGGGCGAGGAGGAGCCGACGUCGGAGGAGGUGCGCGCGGAACUGAAGCGGCUGUACGUGCAGCUGGAGAUCCUGCGCAACAAGACGCUGCGCUGCGACAACCCGCACAUCAGUCGGCGCCGCGGCGGCAGGAAACCACCGCACAGGCGCUUUUCGCUGCAGAAAAAAGGCAGCCGCGAAAAGGCUCUGCAAGCGCGACGUGGAUGCAAGAAUAAACCGGGCGCGAGCGCUAGUAUGGCGGAGGCGAGCGAGGCGGGCGAUGCUUCUAGAACUCCAGAAGAUUCCGUUUGCUCUGGAGAAGGUCCAUCGCAUUACACCGACGCAGAUCAAGCAUAGUCAUAUGAUCCGCCAUAAGAUAAAAGAUUUUUUAUCAUUGUUGUUAAAUUUAAGUGAACGGCAAUAUGAAUUUGUUGUAAUCGCGAGAAAUUUUGUACGGAAAUGAAUACGUAUUGACUGUUGUUGAAUAAUUUAUAUCAAUUUAGUAGUUGUCCCUUUAAAUCACACAAUAUACCAUAUCUAAUUAUGACGUGUCAAAUGAAUCUCUAAUUUAUUUAGUUACGAAUACGUACUAGUCCAAAUUAUUUUACCAAUUGCAUUUAAAACACAUAGUUAUUUUUUUAUAAUUUUUUUUAUAUUUCCAAAUAUCUUUCCUUCCCUAAAAUCCAUCUCUGUCCAUUGUCCGUCACUAUUUUUGUUUUUUAAUUACAAAAUUUUUUUCUAGUCUUUUUCGGAAGUUUAAUCUUUGACCUAUGAUUAUACAUUUUAGAUAGUUUUUUUUAAAUGUUCAAGGGAAUAUGCGCUGGCCUCGCUGUUCCUUAAAUUCUAAUGUAAGUUUCAAAUCUAUGUAUGUAAUUGUUAUCCUAAUGUGUAUCCUAUAGUAUUCUGAGUAAAAACAAACCAUAUCCUACAUAUUAGCUUGAAAUGUGGUAAAUAGAAAUAGAAGCGUAAAAGCUACAAUCAUUCAUAACUGUUCGAUGUCUGGUCAACAUAUGUGGGCAUUUUUAAUAGUUUUUCUUCUACUAUGAAAUAUAUGUGUAUAUAAUUCUGAAUCUUUAAAUGUUUAAAUACUCUAUGUAUGUGUAUUAUUGUACAUUUCUUAUAUCUUUAUCGCUAUAUCUUUAUGUAAAA